AUGACUGCAGACAGUGAUCUGGAGAUUGAAGAGGCUUUCCGGAUAGCACAGAAAGCUCAUAACAAGGCCAAACUUGUUGCCAGUUUGAAGAAACGAUAUAAUAAGGUUGCUGAAAUGAUCUCUGAUGUGAGAGAGCCCAUUUUGCCCAUCUCUAAACCUGUGGAUGAGAAUGAGAAACGCAGAAAACAAGUCAGACUGGCAGAGGUGCGAGUGCAGAUAAUGGAGGCGAAACAGACUCUAGAAGAAUGCAUCAGCUGUCAGGACUUCAGUCGCGCAGCUGAGCUGAAAGACACCAUCUCUCAGCUUGAGGAGCUCAAGAACCAGCUCACCUUGAAAGCUUCACAGCCUGCUGAUAAUAUCAAGGAGCAGCGUGUGGAGAAGAGUGAUCCCGAGACCUUGUUGAAAUGUCUGACAAUGUGUGCCGAGUUGUUCAAGCAAAUGAACAUCAAGAGAGGAAUCUGCCCUACCCUGAAUGCUCUGAUAGAGUCACUGAUACUGCCAAGUGUGUCCAACCCUAACCCUGCUGUGCGCAACAUGGCUGUCAUCUGUUUGGGAACGGCUGCUCUCCACAGUAAAGACCUUUCCAACACACACCUUGUGCUGCUCUUGCAGAUAACACAACUAGAAUCAGAAUCAGUGCUCUCCGGGUUCUCAUCGACCAGCUCCUGCUCAAUGGCCUCAACAUCUUCCAAGACAAGUCUGCUCCUAUCUCACAAGCACCUGACUCACCAGACAACAGUAACGGACAGCCUGAACAACAAACUGAGGAGGAGAGUACCGUCCAGAGCAUUCUGAAGAUGCUCUCAGAAUUUCUUGAUAGUGAGAUCUGUGAGCUCCGCACGGAGACAGCAGAGGGUCUGGCUAAGUUGAUGUACUGUGGGAGAAUUCUAUGCCCAAAGCUGCUGUCCAGUCUGGUUCUGCUGUAGUACAAUCCUGUAACGGAGGAUGACCAAAGACUACGCCAUUGCCUGGGGGUAUUCUUACAGCUGUAUGCCCGGGCCAGCAGUCGCAUCCAACGUGGCUGAACCGUUUGUUGAACUAACAUGACCCAGCGCUCUUGUGGAACCUGCUGCCGUACAGGCUGUGUCUGUGCAUGACUCUCUGGCAGUGCGUAUUUGUAAUAAAAUCUUGAGGGACAUUUCUGCUCCUGAGAUGCAUCUGUACUGUAAAACUCUCAGCUGGCUAGAGAUUAACACUGAACCUGGACCUGCUAACAGUGAAUUGCAACUCCUGUUAAAAUAUAUUUUACGGGAAGUGAAAAAUAAGUACUGUACAAGGGUUAUUGAGAAGCUUUGUAACCAGCUAAAUGGAGAUCGUUGUUCCAAAUCAGGCGGUAAUCAGGACACAACUUUGCUUACCUUGGAUGAGAACACUGGAGAGGUGAACAAAGAGGAGAGCAAACCUAAAUGUGCAAAAAUAUGCCAGAAAAAAGCUUCCACGGCAAAGAAUGGGAAGAAAGCCAGGAAAGCAGAGUUGUCCUCUGAUGAAAGUGAUGAAGAGAAUGUUCCUGAAGCACCUCCAUCAGUGUCACCAAGUCGCCGUGCCAAGAUUGCUGCUUUGGAUAAACUGACUGCCCUUAUGAACCAGGAGGCCAAUGGUUCAUAAGAGUGGAUUACUUAAGGUCCACUUUUGCCCCAUUACAUUCUACAGCUUCUUUAGACUUACCUAAGAAAUUAUAUACUGCUAAAUUUUAAUACAAAGAGACUAGUGUAACCGUUUAGUCUGACUAUUUACAGUUUCAACCUGGAAUAAGGUCUUGUCAAAAUGAAUGUCAUACUUGAGGUUAUCUUUGGGUAGGAGUCAUGUUAACAUUCAUUUACUUGCUCAAGGCUGUUCUAAAAAAUGUGUAAGAGCUAGUGAGCCAAACUAUUCCCUUUUUAUAAUGGGUAUUUUAAGGAAACUGAUCCUACUAUAAACAGU